UGACAGAUAAAUAUUGGACAUAUUUGACACAAAUAAAUAGUGCUUUUUUUAGAUUUUAGACGAAAAUUGUGUUUAGUUUCAUUUAAUCUAUUAUUAAUUAAAAUAUGGAAAAUUCAAGAAUUCAAAAAGAAUCUAAACAUAGUGAUUCAUCUUUCAGCGAAACCGAUUUACCUUUUAAACUGGAAUUAGAUGAACAAUUUAAAGAAAAAUUAAAAGAUAUUCCCGAAGUGCUGGAAUACAUACAAAAAUUGGAAAAAAUAAUCAAAAAGCAUUUGAAAAAAAUUAAUAAAUUAAGAAAUAAACUUAAGACAAAGCAUAAAAAUGAAGAUGUUGCCACGCAGACUAAUUUUAUAGAAAAUUCCACGGAAAUUGUAGAGUCUGCUACAGAUACUACAGAUAUUAAUACUGAAAAAAGUUUAGUUGAUGAUAUAAAGGAAGCGGCUGAGAUAGCUAUGCAAAAAACUGGUUUCGUUUAUGAAGAAACUUCAGGUUUAUAUUAUGAUUAUAAUACUGGAUAUUACUAUAAUGCGGAAUAUGGGUUAUAUUAUGAUGGAACCACAGGACAAUAUUUGCAAUACAACACAGAUACACAGGCAUACGAGUUUCAUUCACAAGCUAGUGCACCUUCAGUGACAGAAACAGCUGAUCAAAGUAAAAGAAAAAAGAAACAAAGGCACAAAACCAAAGACGCCAAAAGGGCCCGCGAUAAACGGAGACGAAAGGACGACGAUCAGGACAAUAUAGAAAUGGAGGACGGCGAAUGUUCUAGUAGCGAAAAGAGCGACGAAGUUGACGUCGAUGACGAUGUUGAUGGUGCCGAAAAUUCGGACCCUGGCGAUAUAUCGAAAAGUUGGCCGCCAUGCAUGAGAGUCAUCGUCGAAUCCACGGAAAUCCCCGAUCUAAAAGUCGGAUCGUUGCAGAUAAUAACGUGCGGCGGGGGCUCAGUAGGCCGCGAGGGGACCCACUCGAUCCUGUUGAAAGAUCCCAACGUCAGCAAACACCAUUUGAAAGUCGAUUUCGAUGAAAAAACUUCCCAGUAUCGGGCCGUCGAUUUGGGAUCUAGAAAUGGCACUUUGAUGAACGGUAAAAGGAUGUCCUCUUCAAAGCAGGAAAGCGAAGCUACGCCUAUUGCGCACGGCAGUAAAAUACAAAUAGGACAAACCGUAUUGUUGUGUCAUAUACACGAGGGAAAUCAGACUUGUGGACAUUGUGAACCUGGAUUGAUACAAGUGAAUCGAGAUGCAGUAAGGUUAAAAAUAGACCAAAAUACCCGAUCGGAUAGGCACAAAAAGGAAUUGAACAAUCUGAAAAUGUUGUACGGCGUAUCGGGACAUCACGACGACGAUCCCAAAUUGGCCACGGGAUACACGGAUAGAGCUCAGAAACGUAGAGAGACGGUGGGCAGUCAGAAUCCUCACGAGAAGACGCAAGUUGCUUCGGUGGAUCAGUCUAUUAAUAAGGAAAAUAAGGGUUUCAAAUUGUUGGCGAAGAUGGGUUGGAAGGAAGGUCAGUCGUUGGGGAAAAGCGGUGAUGGACUUUUAGAACCAAUUAAACCCGUGUCAAAUGAGGGCAACGCAGGCGUGGGUGCAUCAAACGUGAUAAAGAUGGCGGCUCCGUCGGGGAAGCAAAUCGUUUGGACGAAAACUAAGGAGCGUUUCCAAAAACUUCCAGAAAGUAAUGACGCAUUCGAUUUGGACUCGGACGAUUAAUUAUAUAUAAGUUUUAAAUUAUUUAUUAUUUAUUUUUACAACAGCUUUUAGGUGGAAACAGUUACAGUGUUGUUGUUUUUAAUAAAACGAUUGAAUUUU